AUCCAGCAAAACACACUAGUACACAACAUUUCUAGCAAUAUAUACUUAACCAUGAAGCCAGUGCUACUUCUUACACUCUCCUUCCUCCCCCUCUUUGCUUUCUUAACUAACCUUCCAUUAGCUUUCUCAAAUGAAGUUGAACAAGUUGUGGAUACCAAAGGCAAGCCCAUUUUCCCUGGUGCUACAUACUACAUUAUGCCAGCAUUAUUUGGGGCAGCUGGUGGUGGAGUGAAACUUGGCAAGACUGCAAACUCAAGGUGCCCAGUUACUGUUUUGCAAGACUUUUCAGAAGUGGUUCGUGGUCUUCCAGUGAGAUUCAAGAUACCUGGAAUAAGCCCUGGCAUCAUCUUUACAGGUACCCCACUGGAAAUUGAGUUUGCAUGGAAGCCAGGGUGUGCUGAAUCCUCGAAAUGGGUGGUGUUUGUGGACAAUGAAAUUGAAAAGGCAUGUGUGGGAAUUGGUGGUCCUGAAGAUCAUCCAGGGCAACAAACCCGUAGUGGCACAUUCCACAUUGAGAAAUACAAUUUUGGAUAUAAGCUUGUGUUUUGUAUCAAUGGCUCUUCCGUUUGUUUGGAUAUUGGGAGGUUUGAUGCUAACAAUGGUGAGAGUGGAAGACGGUUGAAUCUCACUGAGCAUGAGGCCUUCGACCUUGUUUUCGUAGAGGCUUCUGACUAUGAAGAAAUAAUUAAGUCUGUAGUUUGAAUCAAAUGUCUCAGCUAGAUAUAUAGCAUUGAGUGAAUGUAAUAUCAUACGUUGUUGUUGUGACAUGCAUUAACUCAAUCUGCUCUUAGUUGCUAACAGCUAGCUAGAACCUUAGUAUGCAGCCAUUGAAUAAGUGAAAUAAUAUGGUUGUGAUUUCUCACUUCA